AUGACUAAGGACGCGCUGCUCAAGGGGUUGUCGCUUCAGGAGAAACUCGCCUACUUCUUUUGCACAUAUGUGCACGAGGAGACCGUUGAUCUGGACUCAGACCGAGAUUCUGUGCGACUAUGGGAAAAAAUUGCGACCUCACGCCGCAAGUCCCGCGAGCGUGUAUGUAUUUUGCUAAAUCAAAUGGAGAACACAUCGGCAGCCAACGUGCGAACACUCGACAAGAGCUAUCGAGCCAAGCGUGAGCUACUUCUUCUUUCAGAAGGGUCGCUGCGCACAGUUUCUAGCGGUGGUGGAUCUUCGGUUAACCGCGGGGGCGUUUUGGCCCAAGUAGAGGCAGCUAGAGCAAACAACGAAUUGCUGCAAGAGUGCGGCGCUCUUACAGUAUUUACAGAUCACCUACAGCGCUCAAUCCACGCAUUUCGGGGUCUCAACUUCCAGCAUUUGGACUUAGACCAGGUCGACGCCCUCAUAAGUGACCUGCAGCAAGACAUGGUGCUCGUCUAUCUGCUUAUCAUCUUCAACACACACAAGAAGAAUGCUGUGUUCGAUCGCCAGCUGAUGAUAAUCGGAAUUAUGGGACCAUCCUAUGCAUUGGUUUCAAUUUUAGACUGUCUCAGCCAGCUCAAUGUGCUGCCUGGUUUUCCUAUCAAAAGGUUGCUGCUGUUAUUCUAUGAAUGGUUCUCUGCUAUCAUGGGUGACUUUGACGAGUUAAACGCACUAAAGCGAUUGCGACGCGAGCGGAGUGACAUUGAUUUAUCAAUUUUAAAUGAUGAUGCUGCAGGUGUGUUGCAUUGCAAGACCUUUAAGCCUUACCACGAUGUGAUUCAACUGGAUCCGCAAGAUCCAUACUAUCCACAAAAGAAGAAGUUUGCGAAGAAACGUGAAAUUAUUCACAAUAAGUAUUUGCACAAAGCGAAUUACGAGCUUAAGUGUCAGCAGUCUAGUGAUGCUGACUUAGCAAUGGGACCGCUGAACACACUUGAUGAUGAAUGGGAGAUGCGUAUAGAAACGCUAUACCAAUUGUUUUUACCCUGCAUGCGAGAUUUUACUACAUUUCUAGGGAACCUUGUGACCUUGUCAUGUGGAAGCGCAUUAAAUGCUCGAGACAAAAAGACGUUUUACUCUCGAAGACCUUCAGGUAGUGGAGAUCAAUACGGUAUAACGGACUUUUCUGCUCCUGGUAGCGAAAACAGCGACAAUCAGUUCUGGAAGUGGAUUCUCCGCGAGAAAGCAAUUGUUCUUGAUGUGUCAAUUUUAAUUAUCUUGCUUAUUUUUAAGCACUUCCGCGCAAGUCAUGCGUGCAAAGCGGAAUACUUUAUGCAAUUUUUUCUGGAAGCCAACGUCCUGACGACAUUGACAAAGUUCAUGAAUAAGGACAUCAAUACUUACCUACAAGUAUCGCGUCAGGACUCGGAUGAAUCGAAGACUGGAUUUUAUGCGCUUGAAAAAGAAUUAGAAAAGCAUGCUAUUCGCUUCGAGGAAGACCUGAAUGAGUUUUCUAUACAAUCAACUAGGACAAUCACGAGUAUUUUAAGGAUAUUGCAAAAGCUGACAAAACGAAAGCCAAACAUUAUAAAGAAUGCGCUCUGCCGCGGGCAAACGAUAGUGUGGCUUAAGCGUGUGGUAGCUUUGCAAAUCCCAUUACCCCGCUUGUACGCUUUAAAAUUGGUGAAAUCACAAGCAAAAUAUUUAGGUCACCAGUGGGUCAAGAAAUACACUUGUUUUAGUUUACUCACCGAGGUCUACCUCUACGUACGACCUGAGCUAGAUGAUGACUGGUUGCACUAUGAGGAUGAAGACUUGAACAAGCCUGCGUCUCAGGAUUCUGUAGAGAGGAUAAUUUUCGGAGAGAUGCAAGCAUACCACCACAAGCAUUACUUCGAUUCACAAUUUGGAGGCAGCAAACCCUUGCCUGGCGGGGCGUCGAUGAUUUGUGAGGAUCGUAAAGAGCUUUGCUCGGACUUGUUUAUUCCUGACGGCGGACGCUUGGCAAAUAUGUACAGCGCGCUUAAACUUGAUCCUGUAAAUUUUUGCAAGCAAUACGAAAAGUGGCUAGAUGCAGAGAACCUCAAGCAGGAAGCAUCAGCUAGCGCGGUGCCACUUCCAGUUUCAUUCGUUUGA